GCGCCUUUUGGCUAUUGCUCUGGAGGAUUUUAAGUGUCUCAUCCACCUGUCUGUUUAAAGCCUCCAGGCUGGUUUGGAGCGCGGUUCGUUCGGCAUCGGUCAAGGGGGAGUCCAUGGUCGUAGUCAUUCCCGUAGAAGAAAAGCUAUGGUUGUUAUGAAAAGUUAACGGACAGUUGAUAGGGGAAGGCUUUGUCCAUAUUAUAACCCUUCGCGCCAUGAUUUAUGACGCUCGAUAGCGGCCAUUCGGUCCUUAAUCGGCGACCGACGCCGGACACUACGCCAGACAGACAGCAACAGCCAUAUAUCCAACUGGGACCGACAGGCUUUCCCUGGCUCGACGAAAUAUUCUGCAAGCCCAUUCUCCAUCUUCUUUUUCUGCCAUGUGCGAUUCUUCUCCGUCGGUGGCGGACGUGCUGAUCAUCGGCGGUGGUCCUGCUGGAUCAAAUGCGGCAUGGGAGUUAGGACAAGCGCACCACCGUGUGAUUCUGUUCAAUGCAUCCGAUGACCGUCUCCGCGAUCCAGACAUGAACGCGGGUACCACACGGGCGGCGCUGGACCUUCUUCUCCAUUCCCGUCGUAAAACUCCUGAUGUCUUCCACCCCUUUCGACAAGAGAUCGGUAAGGAAAGCCCCGAGGUCAGCGUGCGCAGCCAGCGGAUUACUCAGGUGCGGCGACUGCCGAACGGGUUAUUCGAAGCGGCGGAUGAUACUGGUCAUGUCUGGAUGGCAAAUGUCCUAGUUCUAGCCGACGGCGCAGAGGAGAUUCUGCCUGAUAUUAACGGGUACGACACCUGUUGGGAACAACAGCGCAUCUUGACACACCCCGCUGAAGAUGAGCCGGGCUCUCUCACCUUCAGUUGCCUCGCCGUUUUAGCCGUUGGCGAUCUGGCCGAGUUGACCAUGGCGCUGCAUACGGUGUGGCAGGCACGACAGUUCGCGGCGUCAGUCCGUGUCUACACCCAUGGUGAUGAAGAUCUCGCCCGAGCCCUCGAGACACGGAUUUCCCCAAACGCCGGAAUCACCAUUGAGACGACCACCAUUCAAUCCUUAGAACCUGGGGCCGAUUCCCCAUCUCAGGUCGUCGUUCACCUUGUGGAUGGCACCUCAAUCGUUGAGUCCCAUGUCUUUCAUCGUCCCGCAUCUCAACUGCAAGGGCCAUUUGCCCGUCAAUUGAAUCUAGAAUUAACUGAAUCGGGGGCUAUUCGCAUCUCGGCGCGUGUCCCUUACAUGACCAGUCUGGAUGGAGUGUACGCGGGGGGCGAUUGCGCGUCCCUCGGACAACGUACGUUGUUCAAAGCAUUAGCCAUGGGCCAGGGCCUGGCGGCGGCUGUGGCAGCACGGUUAGAACGGGGGAAAUGGGGAAAUGCUGUGGAGGAACAGGACUGA